AUGGGUGGACUCAUGUACAACCUACUCUUCAUAGCCCAAAUGGUUGCACAUAUUUCGAUUCUACUCGAAUCGUUCUUUAUGGACUCCAAACGGGAGGAAACAACAAAGAUUUACAAGGAGUUUGAAAAGCGUUUCAAUAAAGAAUUUGGUCGUAAACACGCCUAUAGCGAUUUCAGUAGUGAGAGUUGCCUUUCAUCAAUACUCAGUGUGCUUAUUAUAAUGGUUAGCGUUUCGUUUAAAAUAUACUCGUUUUAUAUAUAUCGGUUGACGCUGAAGAAUACCUUAUUUGUUUGGCAUACCUUACCGAAUGCCUUGGCGGUGCAAUUUCGCAUUUUAGAACUUAUAUUAUCCACAACGGUGCUGAAUGAAUAUGCCAUUAUAUUGUGUAGCAAACUCAAUGAAAUGGGUGAACGAAAUAUAAGUCGUGUCUUUGGCCACUAUCUACGCGGUUUGCCAGUGUCCAAGGGAUAUAUUAUACGUGUUAUGCCACAGACAUUGCGGCCCAGCGAGGAAGCUGAUGAGCAGAAGUUGCGCGUGUAUAAAAAAUUUUAUGGCGAUAUUUAUAAUAUGUUUAAGACAAUCAAUGAGAGUCACGGUUGGUCCCUGUUGGCGUUUAUGAUAAUGUAUUUCAUAUAUUUUACUAUAAACUCUUAUUGGGUAAUAUUUUCGCUAAUUGCACGAUUGAGAGAGCAUGAUACGCUCAUUAGAAAUCUAGGGUUUCUGGUGGUUGUAGUGACAUUGCUCUGGAUCUUGUGUUGGCAAAGUCAAAACAGUCAGGAACAGUAUAUUCUUUCUCUUAUAUAUUUUAUUUAUUUUGUUGUCUCUCAUUUUCAGAGUCGCCAGAUCGGCUGUAUUAUGUUCAAACUCGUCAAACCACUGGGCAAUAAGAGCUAUAACGAUUUGGUUACUGAUUUUUCAUUGCAAACUUUACAUCAACAGUAUAUAAUUACCGCAAAAGAAUUCUUCAAUUUGAAUCUAACUCUUUUGGGCAGUAUGGUUGCGUCCAUCGUCACAUAUCUGGUCAUACUUAUUCAGUUUAUGUUCGCCGAGAAGAAUAAAGCGGAUCGGAAUGCGAUACUGAGCAGCAUUGCGAAUAAUGAGAACUACACAGCAAGCGGGAACAACUGAAGCGAUUUCAUAAAAAUAUUAAUUGGUACGCACAUUUGAU